AUGCGAAAGACGAAAUUCUAUAACUGCUCAACAGAAUCAUCAGGAGCCGCUUUCUGGGCCAUCUCCGUUCCUGUUACAAUCUUAGGAUGCUGUUCAACUCACAAUAGAGCCCAGAAGAACUCUGAUUUCGCAGUUACAUCCACAGAUUCUCUAUUUUGCAACAGUACUUUCUUACGUCAGAACGCCGCCAAGGAUGGGUCAUCCGGAUCUAUCUAUGGUGAAGCUGAAUAUGCCCAUAUUUCGGCUAUGAACCUCACAUUACCUGAUGCUGAUACAGAAUGUGCCAUUAUGCUUGAAUUUACAACGUCCAGAAUAAGGUACCUCAAUUUUGUUCACUGGAAAUCAGCUGUUGCCUGCAAAUUUUUCAUGAAACCCUCUACAUCAGAACAAAAUCUUAUCAGAAACCUUGCUUUCGCAAAUAUUACGACUGAUACUGGUUUGAUUGGUGUCAAAGGUACAAAGCUUGAGUUCCAAGUCAUUUGUAUUUCAGGAUGCUCCUUCCCAACAGCAUUUGUUGACUUUUCUACUUCUGAGAAGUCAAUCAUCACAGUUUCGAACUCAAUGCUUGACCAGAAGGAUGUAAACCAGUCAAUUGUCAAUCUUGAUACACCAUCUUACAACAGAAGCAUGACAUUCAUCAGUGUCGAAAUUGGAUUUGGUCCAAGAUGCUACAAUACACCUCCACCACUUACACCUGAGAAGCAAAACCUUCUUCCUUACUUCAUAGCAUCAGGAGUCUUUCUGUUCGUAAUUAUUUGCGCUUCAAUUUAUUUCAUCGUCUGCCACGUUAAGAAAUCAAGCGCAUAUGAAGAGACAUCUACUCUUCAGACAUAUAGACUCAAGGAUAAGUUCGGUGAAGCACUUAUCACUAGUUAA